AUGACACAGUUUUCGGUAAGUGUUAUAUGUCACUUUGUGGCUGAGUUUUCACAGCUUGAGAAGCAGCUGGGUAUAUCAACCGUGGUACCCAGCAAGGACGACCUGCAAAGUUGGCUGAAAGCGCAAACUAUUGAGAAUAGCCAUCUGAAAGAGCAACUGCAAGAAAAGCAAGCAAUGCUUAAAGCAGUGUAUGCAAUUGCAAGAGAAGGGAUAUCAGAAGGGGACCUUUCAGGAACAGCGGAAUUCAAGGUUCACAAAUUUAGUUGCCAAAUUAUGCAAGCAAUGGGUAUUGAUCCUUACAAAGUGACCCAGGAAGAGUUUAUGCAACAUGAAGAUGAUGUACAUGGAGGUACUGAGCAUGGAGCUACUGAGCAUGAAGAAGAAGAGUUACAAUUAGUUGAGACAGAGCAACAAGGAGAUGGAAGUACUGAGCAAGAGAAAGAGAAAGAUGACGCGGAAACUUCCUUCCAUGAAGAAUGACAUAUAGUUCGAGUAUGAAGAGUGUGACAACUUGCAAGACUCCACCAAAG